CAGUUCAAAAAGCUGCCAACGUACCCUUGUGCGAGAGUGUUGAGAGCUGCUUUCACUACGACCCAAGAGACGACUAAAGAGGACCGGAAUAUGCUCUCAAUAGGCGGGACACAUGGUUAUAUUCGCUGAGGGAAGUGCCUGAGUGUAUCUGCGGUGAAGUUUUAGGUUAAAAAAAAAAAGACAGAAAAAAAGCAACAAGCCGUGCAGGUGGAGAAGCACACGCUGAACGGCGAAACCAGUCUUAUCAUCCAGACCUUCUCUCACCUGAGCCCGACCACACAGAUCAACAUGUCCGUGGAUAGUUACGCUGCGCUGGAUGAGUCCUCUCUCCGAGCAUUGUUGGAUGGAACCGUGGAUCUGGACGAGAGGCGCCACAUCCGUUCAGCCAUCCGGGAGUUAAGGAGGAGGGAGAUCGAGGACAUGGAGGCCGCUCUGGCCAGCAAGAGAUUCCGACCAACACGAAUCAUCCAGCAGGAGGACAAGGAGAACCAGCACAGCGACAACUUGAACGUCCUGUCAAAAAAACUACAAUCAAUCCAGGACAUUGAUGAGCUCACAAAAAUGCUCCGUACCGCCAGCGAGUACGAGGAGAGGAAGUUGAUCAGAGCAACCAUCCGACAAAUCCGAGAUGACCAGCAGCAAGGGGCUGCAGAGCGGGUCAAAGCUCCGGGUCGCUGCCAAGAGCCUGAGAGUGUGGAGCCACAGAGCACCAUGGGAACUGUGGAGACAGAGCGGGAGAGUCACAGUGAGCAGGAGCGUAUCCGAUCUCCGAUCCGGGAUUUACGGGGACAGCAGACACAACAAAGCAAAGAGCUGCAGAGAAAAGGUUCCAACUCAGGCAUGGUGCUGGUUCUCGAUCACCUGGGGAAGGACGAUGGCCCUGGAGCUCUGCUGAUCCAGCCUCAGAGAGACGCUGUGAGCACAGAGCCGGACCUCGUCCUGUCUCACCGUCAGCGGUCCGACUCCUCAGCGUCAGACCGCAGUGCGACCUCUGGGCUUUCCAGAUCCAAUCUGGAUUCUGUGGCCCUGGAGAAGAGUGCAGGCUCAGCCUUCAGAGGCCGUCUAGACUCUGGAGCCUCGGACAGAAGCCAGAGUCCCUUCCAGCGAGGUCGGCUCGACUCUGGGGCAUCAGAGCGAAGCGCCAGCUCCCUGUCCCACAUCAGGCAGAGGCUGGGUUCAGAUGUCUCAGACUCCGGUGUCAGGCCCCGUCUAGGCUCUGGGGCGUCAGACAGCCAGGGUCUUUUGUCUCGGAAAAGGACUGACUCGGGGACAUCUGUUAGUGCGAGUGUGUCCUCUGAAGAGAGGGGUCCUGCGGAGGACGUGGAGGUAGCCACGAGCGGGUCCACUUACAGCACAGAUUCAGAAGCCGAGAGCGUAAGCCACGGUCCAGACAGCGUUCAGGCUCCGUCCAAACAGGACCUCAUCAUUGACCAGGAUCAGCCGGAUGGUGCUGUCUUGUCCCGGAAAGAUCCGGCUAAUGGCCUGCUCAAUGGCAGCAUCAAGGGGAAAUUUGACGUCCAGAAAGAAAAGAUGACAAUAAGCAGUGAUCUGCCCCUCAAUAACGGCAAAGCAAAGGACUCUGCACCUGAGAAAAAAGCGGUAUUGGAACAAUUCAACCGCACCAACUCCGUACGCGAUCGAAUGCGUAAAUUCACGGAGGCGAGCCAGAGCGCAAACGUCCCGGCUUUGAGAAAAGCUCCUCUGAGGAACGGCACCGCCUCCAGCCAGGCGAAUCUGUCCAGAGCCACCGAGAUGUUUACACACACCGGAGCAUCCCUCAGCCGAUCUGGAGACAGGCCAGAAAGGCCACGUGUGGACUCCACAUGUCACACCUCCACAGCAUCCCAGAGUCAGGCCGUACCUCAGCCAAGAGGUGGGGCCAACAAACCUCUGUCUUCAGCUAACCAAUGGCAGAGCUCUGUGGGCGGGACAAGGCAUCCGGCAGAAAAAGAUGUGCAUGCCUCCAGCAACUCAAAGGAAGACGGGACCCCAGGGACAGCAGCUGAGCAGCAGGUCACCCAGGGAGAGGAAGACCCAGACAUGAAGACUUUCCUCACUAUCGAGAUCAAGGAUGGGCACACCACCAACACCUCUACGUCCGCCUCCAGGGGCAACAUGGUGCCCAUUACCAACAUGACCCCACGCAUCACCACUAAUCCUCUGGGGCAGAGAGGAGAGUUGACCCUCGGCCUCAGAGCUACACCGUUCAAGAUCACCUCAUCCAGCCUCUCCUCCGGAUCCUCCAUCAAGAUGGAGACAGAGCCCGCCGUGGCCUCGGAGCCGGUGUUUGCAGCUGCAUCGUCUGCCAAGGUGGCGAGUCACGUCCUCACCAUCCCAAACGGCUCCAACAGUCAGGGCAAACAAAGCGAGCGCUCCGGAAUAAUGACAGCCGAACAGCUGGCCGCUAUCGAGGAUGAAGAGCUGCUUGACAAAAUGCUCGAUGAGUCAAAAGACUUUGAGGAGAGGAAGCUGAUCCGUGCAGCCAUGAGAGACCUGCGCAAGAGAAAGAGAGAGGUCAUGCUGGGAUGUACUCAAGAGGAAAUAGACCAGAGAGAAAAGGAGCGAGACAACCGUCUGCAGGAGAUCCGGCAGCAGAGGGAAGAGCGAGCGCAGAAAGGCCGUGCAGGCGCCGGAGCAGGAGAGGUGGUGAUGAGGAAGGUGGAGAAGUCAGCGGACGGCUCCAGCCUCAGCCAAGUCACCAAGACGGACCGCUUCGCUUCAUCUGAUGAUGGGAGCAGAUCAUCACGCAGCACUGUGGUGGAGUCCAGUUAUAUGCAGAAAACAGACAGAGGGACAGUCCAGUCAAAGUCAUACAGCUUCAGCUCUUCCACAUCAUCUUCCUCCAACACGAGCAAAAAAGUGGGCAGUGUGUUUGAUCGCGAGGAUGACUCAUCGUCUCGCAGCGGCAGCAGUGGAUUGGCCGCGGUUGAGCGAAGGCAGGCGGAGCGGCGCAAGGAGCUGAUGCGGGCUCAGACUCUGCCCAAGACCUCGGCCAUGACGGCCCGCAAAGCCAUGAUAGAGAAGCUGGAGAAGGAGGGAGGCGGCCCUGGAAAUCAGGCGGUCGCCAAGGUAAACAAGGUCCAGCGCUCCACCAGCUUUGGUGUUCCCAACGCAAACUCUAUCAAGCAGAUGCUGCUCGACUGGUGCCGUGCCAAGACCCGCUCGUAUGAGCAUGUGGAUAUUCAGAACUUUUCAUCCAGCUGGAGUAAUGGCAUGGCGUUUUGUGCCCUGGUGCACAAUUUUUUCCCUGAAUCCUUUGAAUACGAGUCCCUGAGCCCCAGCAACCGCAGGCAAAACUUUGAGGUGGCCUUCAGCACUGCAGAGACGUACGCCAACUGCAUGCCUCUGCUUGAAGUGGAGGACAUGAUGAUCAUGGGUAAUAAACCCGACUCCAAGUGUGUCUUCACCUACGUACAGUCUCUGGUCAACCACCUGCGCAGAUACGAGAUGUCCAUGGGUCGGCCCUGUGACCUCUGACCUGAGUGUUAAGCCUGGACGCGGCAUCAUGGACAAGUUGGGGAUUGUGUGUGUGUGUGUGUGUGUGUGUGUGUGUUUGUGUGUGUGUUUGUGUUCGUUUGCGUAUUAUCUUUGUUGGCAGUGGUGAUGUGUAUUCAUUAUUUCAUUAAUACAAAGUCCUUCUUUUUACAGCAAGAGGGCGCCAAAGACUACCUUUUUUAAAGCUUUAAAUGUCUUUUUUUUACUCUGCAGGAACAUUAGCUGUGUAACCAAGCUCGUGGACUACAAAAGAGAAAUAUUUUAUAGUAUUUCCCCUUUAAGUUAUUUUUCUCUGCCACACUUUUGUAAUUAUAAACCUUGUUGGCAGCAAAGUAGGUCCUUUCACAAUAGAAGAAAAAUGAUGCGUUAUUUUUGGUUUUUAUUUCGGUACUUUUAACUUUUUGACAAACUCUGGCUGCUUGAAGUAUUUGAAAUAAGUUAUUACUAUUCUGAUGUUGAUGUAAAAAAUUAGCAUAUUACUGUGUAACACAGAGGCACAGGGAAGUCAAAUGGGUGCAGCGAGUAUGCAGUCAAUCUCACCUUUCUGAAAAGUGCUAUUGAGAAAACUGUUCACUCUAUUUGACCUUUGGUAACCCCUCCUGUGUGAUAUUAUUCUUACAGCGAUUAUAUUUGCAGUCAAACACAUUUUUUUUAAUUCAGGUAUAAAAAACUGGCUGAUGUCAUUCAGCUGCAUUGUAUAAUUACUUUUUACUGCUUGACUGACAGCAUAUGUACAGUGUACAGCAGUGCUGCCUCCCACCCCCAGCAUCACUGACUUACUGCCAAACACACUCACACACAGCUCUUUUAGAGGGCUUCUUAUUUAUGCUCGAGUAGAUUUUGUUGAAAUAUAUUAUUUUUAUUUAGUUAGUGUGAACAUCAUGCUUUGUUCAAAGUGAGCCGGUAAACUCAAGCUAUAGAGACGUUUUGGAAAACUAAUCGGGACGAGUUAAAGGGCCUGAUGAAAGCCAGCUUUCUGUUUAAGCGUGAGUUAUCAUGACUGAACAAAACUGUAUAUUUUACAACAUAAAGCUAAGGAUUUUUUUUUUAAAUGAAAGAUUUUUAUUACGCUUGUUAAAAAUUAAGAUUCCUUUAAGAAGAAAUGAUGAUUGUUUCAGAGCUUAACGAAACGUAUUUCUUAAAGGGUUUUUUGUUGUCGUUUGGAAAAAUAAUUUGAGAUGAUUCCACUGCUGCCAAAUGAAAAACAAAUACCUUCCACGGAGCAGUGAGUGCUGUAAAUAAGAGCUUAAACACAUUAUGAUUUCAUGUUUCUGUGCACCACAGUGAAAUGUGAAUUGAAAUUAAACCAAUUUGAGAAAUGAA